AAUUGUAUUUUUGUAAGUAUAUAAAUUAUAUGAAAUAUGUACUUUUUUCCCUUCACUAGGAUUUUUUUCCAUUGGGUUUUUACUUAGUAAAAUUUUAACAAGGCAUAUUUCAUAUAAUUAAUGGGCAUUUAAGAGAGAGUAUUAUAAAUAUUAAUAUAGAUAUUCAUUAUUAAGCUUAGUGUCCACGAUGUGUCACUCUCGCUCUCAUCUAACUCCAUACCAAAUGUGUUGAAGAUGCUGAUUCUUAGUAGUCAUAUAAUCUACAUUUUGCUUGCCAAGCCGCAUAUAAACAGUGACAUUUAUCCGUAAGAUACUUAUAUCGGAGAGAAAUCCACGCAGAAUGAAAAGCUUAAAUUGAUGUUGGAAGAAAUAAAAAAGAAUUGAUACAACGAGAGUUAGAGAAGGGGAAGGGAUUGGUAAGGGGAAGGGUUGAGGUGUUGUGGACAAUAAGAAAAUAGAGAAACAGAAAGAAAAAAGGGAAGGCAGUCCGAAAGGAUCGGGAGAGAGGAGAGUGGUUUUUGUAACGCUCAUUCCUCUCUUCCACAUAAAUAUCCAUUCUCUUCUUCCUUCUCUCUUCGGAAUUUUCUCCUUCUGCUUUUUCCCCCGUUCAUUCAUCUUCCUCCUUCCAAUGCCUUUUCUUCCUCACCUUUUCACCUAAAUGCUCUUCUUCUUCGCCGAGGUGCUCCCCUGGAAUUUUGAGAUCUAUUGUUUUGUCUCAUUCACAUAACGGAACUUGUAUCUCCUGUUCUUGAUGUUACACUGUGAAUUCUGUGCUGGGGUUCUGUUGAAUUGUGGUGAACGUUUAGAAAUGGAUGAAAAUGGUGGGAUCAAGAUGGGAAUCCGCCAGAUUGUGAGGCUGAAAGAGACUCUCCAACACUGGCAAGGGGUCACAGUAUGCCCGAAAUCCAAAGCAGCAGCCCAUGAAAAUGGAAGCCAAAAUCAAAAUCAAAACCAUGGGAUCCUUUCACCGGCAAUCAACAAAAGGCUGACGAAUGUGUUGUGUUGUGAUUCGGAUGAGGAGACUUGCCAGAGCCCUGAGCACCCACCCGAUGUGCCGAAAGGGUACUUGGCUGUUUAUGUUGGGCCGGAGCUUCGGAGAUUUAUCAUUCCCACCAGCUAUCUUAGCCAUUCGGUGUUCAAGGUGUUGCUGGAAAAGGCAGAGGAGGAGUUUGGAUUCGAUCAUAGCGGCGGGCUCACUUUCCCUUGCGAAAUCGAGACCUUCAAAUACCUUCUCAAGUGCAUGGAGAGCCAGCAGAAGGAUCCUCCUGAUGACCACACCCCAGCUGAGAGUUCUUUGACCAUGGAAGAAUAAAAAUGGUUGUGAUCCACAGCAGGGGAGGGGGCUAUAUACAAAGACAAAUUGAUGUCAUUGUGCCAGAUUUCAGAUAUAAUGUUGUCAAAUUGAUGAUGUGUUUGUGGUUUUGGUUUUAAGAUUCAGAAAACAUUAGGGAUGUGUUUAAUUAGUUAGACAAAAUAUGUGGAGGAUGUGUGUGUCAGGCAGAUUAAAAAUCUACCCUUUGUUUUUCA